AAAUGAGUAAAAUCCUUAAAGUUGUCGAUAAUCUCACGAACACUUCGCCUUAAAGAGAGCUAAACCGAACAUGUUCUCCAGAGGGACAUUUGACGCUCAACGAAGAAAGCUCUUAUGCUAGCGUUAGCUGCUAGCCGGGUCCGGGGCUGUUUUAGGUUUGGAGGUGCCCAGACUGAUGCACAUGAGCAGGGCUCUGACCGGACUGGAGAGCCGCAGAGCCGGCGCGAAUUUAGCGUCGACGGCUAAACGAGGAGGUCGGAGGUCAUGUUUCUCCAAAAUGAACCCGGUACGCAAACGCCUCAGAUUAAGCCCAUCCAAACCUCCGCCCAGCAACAGCAGCCCGCUGAAGUUGUUAGAACUCUUAUCCAAUGACGCCCCGCCAGCUUCUGCUGGAGCGAGAACAGAAGAUGGGGAAGAGGAGGAAGAAUACUUGCUGGUGGAGGAAGACACCACCGACUCCAGCCUUGUCAUCACUAUGGAGGAUAGUCAGAUGGAAGUGAAGGCACCGAGGAAGAAGGCAGCGAGGAAGAAGAGGAAGGGACCGAAUGAGGAGCCGACUCACGGCAGAGUCAAGGCCUCGGAGACCGAAGAGGAGGAGGACGCAGGAGUGGAGGUGGAGAUCGACAAACAGCUCGACCAGUCUUUGGAGACCAAGUCCAAACAACACAACCUGACAGCUGUGAAUGUCAAAAACAUCAUCCAUGAAGUGAUCACCAACGAGCACGUGGUCGCCAUGAUGAAAGCAGCCAUCAACGAGACCGAAGCCGUUCCUCCCUUUGAGCCUAAGAUGACUCGGUCCAAGUUUAAAGAAGUCGUGGAGAAGGGAGUGGUGAUUCCCACAUGGAACAUUUCUCCCAUCAAAAAGAGCAGCGAUGCCAACAAGGCUCCUCAGUUCGUGGACAUCCCCUUAGACGAGGAGGACUCUUCUGAUGAGGAGUAUCGUCCUGAUGAAGAAGAGGAGGACGAGACGGCUGAAGAUACAUUCCAGGAAAGUGACAUGGAGAGCACGGCUUCGUCUCCCAGAGGUAGUCGACUCAAUCGGGGGGAGGAGGACAGCUGCAGCCCGUGGCAGAGCUCCCGAGUUCAGUUUAGACGCUCCAAGUUGGGGUCAAUGGGACCUCCCCCUCCCCCAAAAGCCCCGCCCCCCAAAGCGGUGACGGACAGCACCUUCCUGGAGAAGCUCCAUGCGGUGGAAGAAGAGCUUGCAGAUUGUAUGGAGCCCUACCAGCCGCUGUCGGAGUCGGAGGACGAGGCCGGCGUGAUGGCCUGUCGAACUCGCUCCAAGCGUCCCCUGAGGGACGUCCCGCUGGGACAGCUGGAGGCCAAACUCCGGGCUCCCGACAUCACUCCUGACAUGUACGACUCAAGCUCCGCCCCUGAGGACAGGGACUGGACGGAUUGGCUGAGAAGCUUGAUGAGUUCAGAUCUAGAUAAUGAAGAUGAAUGUGAUGAUGAAGACGAUCCAGAGUAUAACUUCCUGGCAGACACAGACGAGCCAGACGUGGAAGACUACCGUGACGACAAGGCUGUCCGCAUCACCAAGAAGGAAGUUAACGAGCUGAUGGAGGAACUCUUUGAAACGCUCAAAGAAGACCUGGCAUCACAGGAAGUGGAAGAUGAAGGCCACGAGGAAGAGGAGGAGCCACAAGAAGACACACAAACUGUUCAGCCACACCCCCCUCCGGAUCUGCACAUAGAGGCGGUUAAGGCGGAGCCGGAGGAUGAUUGGACGCCGGGGCUGCGUACGGUGAAGCAGCAGCUGGCUUUCAUCAGGAAACGGGAGCAAACAAACGCACAUUAUCAGAAACACUCCCAUUGUCCAGAACCGUGCACGCUGAAGUUGAACGCUCAGCAGAAGAGGAGACUCCAGCAGCAGCUGCAGCAGCAUGUUCAGCUGCUGACUCAGAUUCAUCUGCUGUGUUUGCCUGUUGUCAAACUGCACGGUGAGGCUGAGACCACCAAACAGUUCCUGUUUGAGCUGGACAUGCUGGCUCAGGGCGGCGAGCUCAUCCGAUCUGCAGGCCAGCCUGGAUUCUGCAGCGCGUUCAGAGCGUCCAACCUGCAGGGGGCGCUGGAGCUGCUGGAGGAGCUGCAUCAGACUCCCAUCAGCUAUGAGCCGCAGCACCACCCGCCGGAUGCCAGAGGAUACAUGCGCUGUUUUCCCGUCAUGCCUGCUGAGCUGGCCUGGCUUUUCGCCACGCGGCCCGUGUUCCUCUACCCAGAACUGCUGCCGUGCGCCAGUCUGGAUCCGGCUCUCUACUGCCCCCGCAGGACAGCAGCUUUCACUGCAGCUGAAGACUGCCUGUUGGUGCUUGGCCUCAGAAAUUUGGGAGGGUCAUGUGACCCUCCGAAACUCGUGUCUCAUUUUCUGGUGAGGAAAACGGUGGUUCAGGUCCGAAGGAGAAUCCUGCAGUGCUGCAGGCCCGGGUUUCCAGACAACAUCGUAAAGGCUUUCAGGUACCAGCAGGUGUUGUGGCCAAUGCCGGUCGCCUGUCGACCUGUAGAUCCAGCAGAGCGACGCCCCCCUGUGGAGAGGGAGGAUAACGCCCUUCCCCUGUGGCUUGUGCGGAGCCUUCCCAUCAUCUAUCUGGCAGUGAAACAUUCCAACAGCCCGUCUGGCUCCAUCCCCGAGGCGCCCCCUUCCUGCAGGAAGGGGAAACCCCGUCAGAGUCAGCUGGCCGUCCUGCGUUCCGCCUCCAUCACCUACAGCUUUCCCCCGGGAUCCAAAUACCCGCCGCGCCUUCCCGCCAACCUGGACUUCAAACGAAUGGGGUUCGUCCUGGUGCAGCCGCCACCCCCUCCUCCCGCCUCCAACUCCUGCCCCCCGCUGGACACCCUAACCAGCACCGCGGUUUCCUCGCCGAGUCCUCCACGAGUCCUCCUUCACCGACUCCCUCUACAUAAGACUGACACCUUCACCUCCUCCACCGUCUCCACGGUAACCACUGAGAAAAUCAGAGGCCACAUACAGACACUGGCUGGUCUGAGGAGAAGGUUGUCUCCUUCGUGGCGAGGGAAACCCAGUCUGGAGGCGAGAAAAGGCUCCGCCUCCUUUAAAAAAAAAUCAAUCAACGUCCUCAGGACCAACCUCGAGGGAGGAGUGAAGGAGAGAAAAAUGUCCGAAUCUUCACCCAGUUCAAGAGGAAGCCUCGAUUCUCCUCGUCCAAAAGGGGCGGAGCCAGAAAGGGAACAUGAAGUGACUGUCACCUUGUCCAGGUCAGGAAAAGAAGAGGAGACCUGUGGAGAUGGAGAGACGUCUUCUGAUGAGUCCAGAUCGUCUGUCGUCCACGUUCAAGAGAAGGUCUCCUCAGAAGAAACGGAGGAUGACGACGAUCUGAGGGAGUCUGAGGAUGUGGUGUUUGCCCAGGAUUACCUCCACAGAGUCUGUGAGGCGGUGCAGGGGUGUCCGAGCCUCGCCGAGCAGCUGUUGCAGGUGUUGGAUGAAUUUUCAGCGGCGGGGGCUCCAGACGUUUUAUACGGCCGGUUGAGCCACGUCCUGCAGCCUUGGCCUCAGCUGCUCAAAGACUUCGCAGGCUUCCUGAACCACAAGCAGGCCCGCAAAUGUGGACUGUUGUUGGAACAGCAGCUGUUUAAACGAAGCAGGCAGUUUCUACGGCGUCUGGGCCGCACCCUCGGAGAGAGCUCAUCGCUCUACCAGGAAGUGGUUUCUGUGCUGCAGGGAUGCUCCGCCCCCUCAUCAGAAGACAUGGACAAGGUCGCGUCUCUGCUCAGGCACCAUGCAGACCUGCAGGUUGAGGUCCGGGAGUUCUUCCAGCAGCUCCACACGUCCUCCGGCUCCACAACCGGCGCCGUGGACUCUCAGAACAACUCCGGCGGCGACGGGACAGAAGGUGACCGCGAGGAGCAGCGAGCAGUUUGUGCCAAAAACAGCAAAUUGACUUCUACUGGAGAGAAGGUCGUCGUUUGGACCCGUGAGGCGGACCGCACCAUUCUAACCGCCUGCCAGCAGAAAGGAGCCAAUAGAAAAACGUUCAGACACAUUUCUGCUCAGCUGGGGAACAAAACCGUCCAUCAGGUACAACUUCGUUUCCAGGACUUAAUGAAGCUAUUUUACACUGCGUCCUCAAAGGGCCAGCCAGUCAACAAACCCAAAGCAGCUCCUGACUGAUCCCGGACAAGCCCCCGCAGACGACCGCCAAGUGAACGCCUCGUUUGAAUGGGUCUGCUGCAGCAUUUGAGCUACAGGGUCAUUAAAAGCACUAAUGGUGGAUUCAUCUCCAGCAGAGUGUGAUCGACAGCUGUCUUACAGCCUUCAGAAUCACUGCAUCAGUGCAAGAUUGAGCGUUUACAAUCAUGAGUGAUUGUAGUUCAGCACCUGGAAAUGUUAAAUCCUGAUUUUGGUUCAGUGGAGCAACUUCAUGAAUUAAUAAAAUUAAUGUUUAUUUA